UGACACCAGCUUGGCCUCUGCGAGCUGAACAUCGCAGUCACAGGGUGACGCUUUGUUUGGUGUUACUCGGAUGUCCAUCUUGUGAGGACCUGACGCGCACGAGCCAAAGACACGAGCCCAGCAUGGUGCAGCUGUGUCUGUCCCCUACGGAGGAUGUCACCACCACACUUGAGCUCUCAGAGGAGGGCAGUGAAAGGCAGGAAGACCCCAUGAUGGCUGGUAACCCAAACGUGGAGCUGAACACCUUUCAGCUCAACCUGGAGGUCUCCACUGUCUACAUUGGCUAUGAAACCUACAUAGAAGAUGGCCUCAUCUGCCUUAAACACAAGGUCCGCAACUUGGAGAAAAAAAAGCUGAAACUGGAAGACUACAGGAAAAGGCUGACCAGGAGUGAGGAACUAAACAAAGAUCAACUGGCGGCUGUGGAAAAGUAUCAGGAGGUGUUGCAUAACCUGGCAUUUGCUCAGGAGCUACACAAAACCCUAGAUGACUUGACUCAGAGUUUGCUGAGAGCCCAGAAGAAGGCAGUGAAAAAGGAGCAGGUGGCAAAGGUGGAGGUGGAGAGGAGGCGUCUGGCAACAGUGCUUCAGAUACAGAAUCUUCUCCACAGCCUGCAACAUGAGCAUAUUAGGAGAGACUUGCAGGUCGGACACAAUCAGGCACCCCACAUCUCAGCCCAGAAGCUGCGCAGCCUAGGUCAGCUUGCCACCCUGCUGGGAGUCAAGAGGAAUAACCAACUGAAUUUAGGGGAGCAGAUGGAACAGGCAGCUGUGGUGUACUUGGACUUGUUGGAGGGGACAGACAAGCCAGUUGCUGGAUCCACAUUUAAGCUGUUGAAAGAGGAGCUCACCAGGCUGUUGAAUUGCAAAUACUUCAAUUGUCUUCUACCCAACAAGACUCCUGAGAUUUUCCCGAGCAAAAUCAGCCACAGCCCCAUAUCGAAGUCAAAAGGAAAUGAAACGAAAGUUUCUAAUGAGAACUGGAGGGAGGAUUUGGAGGCCAUAAGAAAAAGGGAGCCUCCUGACAACUGGGAUAUGGAGUGCCCAGUCCACAAACCAUGGAAAGGAGCUGCUACUUAUAUCUACAAAGUCCCCACCAAGAAACAAUCUGACUGCAAACAGAAAAAAGAGAGGAAAGCCAAAGGAGAGCAAAAUGCCAAGUUGGCAGUACACAUGGACAUGCCCCAGGUAGUUUUUAACUCUCAGUCUACCUUACCCAAAGACCCCAUCCUGAGGAAGCAGCACCUGGAGGACUUCAUGACAAAGAUCCAUGGCUCCUUCAGUUUCAUGCAGGACUCUGUCCUUGAUGGUGAGAGCCCCUCGAAUAAUGGCCACCCUGGACUGAAGAGACAGUCAUCUGGAUUGCCCUCUCCUCUGGUAGUUCAGACAGACUUGAGAAGCCCAGCGGAUUUCCUGCUCAAAGCAAUUCAUUCCACCCCACUGCCUACUAGGCUUCACGGAGUACAAAGCCAGUCUGACCAGUGGAGAUCAGUGCCUGGAGUCAGUCUUCAAGGUGAAUACAUCAUCUCCCCAGAAUGGGAACUGAACUACAAACCAGAAUCUGUAGUUUUCUCUGAGUGCAGUUACAAUUACUGCCAGUACACAAAGCCCCACCUGGUUGCGCCCUCAGAAGGCGAACCACAGCCCACAGCAUGGAGUGAUUGUUCCCAGUUGAGUAGCCCAGACGGAGAGGGAUCCUUCACAAGUAUUGUUGACUCUGGGCUAGGUGACUCAUUGUCAGUCUCCACUGUGGAGGGUCUCACUUACUCCCCACAGCCAACACCACCCUGCAAUGUACCAAUGCAACUCUACCCACUCUCCCAGCCUCUGCAAGUGGCCUUCCUGCCUCUGCACUGCCAACUUUGCCCGUGUAAUCUGGACCAACCUAUUGUGUUUGACCAGCUACACAGCAAUCUGGGGAGAUAUACGACACCCGUAUCGGCCGCUUCACCUGCUGUCAGCGGAGCGUAUGUCUUCAUCUUCCACAUUCUGAAGCUCGCCAUCACCGUGCCGCUCUAUAUCAACCUCAUGCGCAACGAGGAUGUGAUGAGUGUCGCUUAUGCCAAUGAUGGAGCCCCAGGUCAUGGAACAGCCAGCAACCACGCCAUCCUGCCUCUCUUCCAAGAGGACCAAGUUUGGCUUCGUUUGCAUCAUAAUUGCACUAUCUAUGGCAGCACCUGGAAGUACAGCACCUUCUCUGGCUUCCUAUUGUACCAGAAAUGA